AUGGAAAGCAGCCUGCCUGGGUUUUACACUCCAGGGACACAGACUCCCUGGGCAGCAGCACUGAAGGAUAUCCUCUUUCCAGAUGGGGAACGCUGGAAACAGAACCUGGGAUGCCCUGCCCAGCGGUUCCUCCAGAUGUUGCUCCAGAACGACAAAAAAGUACUUUCUUUUCCUUUAGAGACUCCCACCUUGACCCACGAGACCUUUAAAGCGCUGAAGCCAGGGCUUUCUGCUUAUGCUGAUGAUGUGGAGAAGAGUGCUCAAGGGAUCCAGGAGCUGCUGGAUGUUGCUAAGCAGGACAUUCCGUUUGACUUAUGGAAGGCCACCCCGCUGGUCCUCAAGGCCACAGCCGGCUUGCGCCUGUUACCUGGAGAGAAGGCUCAGAAGCUGCUGCAGAAGGUGAAGGAGGUGUUUAAGGCAUCACCUUUCCUGGUAGGGGACGACUGUGUUUCCAUCAUGAACGGAACUGACGAAGGUGUCUCUGCGUGGAUCACCGUCAACUUCCUGACAGGCAGCUUGCGAGGCCCGGGCAGGAGCAGCGUGGGCAUGCUGGAUCUGGGCGGCGGGUCCACUCAGAUCACCUUCCUUCCGCGGGCCGAGGGCACCCUGGAGGCCUCCCCACCUGGCCACCUGACGUCCCUGCAGAUGUUUAACAGGACCUAUAGGCUGUAUUCUCACAGCUACCUGGGGCUGGGACUGAUGUCGGCACGGCUGGCGAUCCUGGGUGGAGUGGAAGGGAGACCUGCCAAGGACGGGAAGGAGUUGGUUAGCGCUUGUCUGUCUCCCGGGUUCAGAGGCGAGUGGGAGCAUGCGGAAAUAACGUACAGGAUCUCAGGACAGAAGGCAGGGCGUCUCCAUGAGCCUUGUGCCAGCAGGGUGUCUGAAGUCCUCCGAAACAAGGUGCACAGGGCAGAAGAGGCAGGACACGUGGACUUCUAUGCCUUCUCCUACUACUAUGACCUGGCGGCCAGUGUGGGUCUCAUCGAUGCGGAGAAGGGAGGCAGCGUCACAGUCGAGGACUUCGAGAUCGCAGCUAAGUACAUGUGCCGGACCCUGGGUGCCCAACCGCACCGCAGCCCUUUCCUCUGCAUGGACCUCACCUAUGUCAGCCUGCUGCUCCGCGAGCUCGGCUUCCGCGGGGACAAAGUGCUGAAGCUGACUCGGAAAAUUGACAAUGUGGAGACCAGCUGGGCUCUAGGGGCCAUUUUCCACUACAUCGACUCCCUGAACAGACGGAAGAGUACAGCCUGGUAGCAGCUGGGUCCCGGCCAGCCCCAAGCAGCGUUCCAGGCCAUCCGACAGACCCUUCGUCUGGACCUGACCCCAUCCGGCAGGAGCCCUGCUGCCGAAGUCCCUCUGCACAUCUGCCACAGCACAGAAGGUGGGCUGCUGGGCACCCGCCUCAGAGGGCAGGCCUGGGCCGUGGCUCCGGGUGGACAUGAGCCAUGUGUGGCCAAGGGCACUUGCCGUUCCCAUCCCCAGCUGUGGGGCUGUGGCUGCCGCGUGUGUCCCUGUGUGUGAAUCUUUCACCCCUGAGUCUUGUUGACUUACCUGAGGGCUUCCCGAUUCCCUGGGGGAGCAGAGCAGGACCCUGGGCCUUCUGACCGCAUCUCCAGUGAGGUUCUCCCCAUGCUGGAAAGGUGAAGCCACCCAGAGAUGUGGGGCUGAUCGGUGGGGGACACUGAGUAGGCGACCCUUCUCUGUGAAGCUAUACCAGCUGCAGAGUCCCCAGAAAAUGGGUGAGGGCGGACUUACAUAGGAGCAGUGCCAGCCAUGCUGCCUGAGUCCCAGGUGCUGUGUGAGCCACAUCCAUGGCCCUUUCUGACACCCGCACCAUGUCUCCAUGAAUGUACUGCGCGGGAGCCAUGUGGGAUGGUGUGCGCCCCAUGCUGGCCCUGGCCGCAGCCUUCCAGAUCCAACGAGGCUCCCUCAGUGAAUGUACAGCUCUGCUCUGCGCUCUGCCGUGAAUAAAGGUUCAGAGCUCCUCCCAGA